AUGGAUGGAGGGUGCUCCAUUAACAUCCUGUACUACGAGACCUUCCAGCGGCUCGGCCUGCCAGACUCGCGCCUCGAGAACACGAAAGUCACCUUCCACGACAUCGUCCCGGGGCGGAAGGCCUUCCCGAUUGGCAAGGUCACGCUACCGGUAACCUUCGGCACACCUGUGAACUACCGCACCGAGCAGAUAACGUUCGAGGUGGUCAACUUCCGCAGCCCAUACCACUGCGUCCUCGGUCGCCAGGCGUUCGCCAGGUUCAUGGCUGCGCCUCAUUACACCUACAACAUGAUGAAGAUGCCCGGGCCCCGCGGCGUCAUCACCGUCCACGGCGACCCAGAGAUGGCACUGGAGUGCGAGGACAGCAGCGCCAAGCUCGCCGACGCCAUCAUCGCCGAAGAACAUGACAACAUCAUCGAGCUCGCCAAGUACCCAGUCGACCGCAACGACCCCGCCAUCCUCGAGAAGCCGACUGAGCUUGACUCGUCCGCAGCAACCUUCAAGCCUAGAACCGAUACUCGCCAAGUAGAUCUUGUAGAGAAUGAUUCGAGUAGGCAAGUUACCAUUGGGACGGGUCUGUCCGCCUAA